CUCAAAAAGUGAUAGAUAUGGAAAAAGUGAGAGAGAUUGUGAGAGAAGGGAGAAGAGUGGCAAAAGAAGACCCAAGGAGAGUAGUUCACUCGUUCAAAGUGGGUCUGGUUCUUGCCUUAAUCUCUUCUUUCUAUUAUUAUCAACCUCUCUACGACAGUUUCGGUGUCAAUGCAAUGUGGGCUGUCAUGACCGUCGUUGUCGUCUUCGAGUUCUCUGUUGGUGCCACACUAGGGAAAGGACUUAACAGAGUAGCGGCAACACUAUUUGCCGGGGCACUUGGAAUCGGAGCUCAUCACCUAGCGAGCUUGUCUGGUUCAACUGGAGAACCUAUUCUUCUCGCAAUCUUUGUCUUUUUACAAGCUGCGUUGUCGACGUUUGUGAGGUUCUUCCCGCGGGUGAAGGCGAGAUACGAUUACAGUCUGUUGAUAUUCAUACUCACCUUUGCGUUGAUAUCAGUGUCGGGGUUUAGAGAGGAGCAGGUUCUAGUGUUGACCCAUAAGAGAAUCUCCACUGUGAUCAUCGGAGGACUAAGUUGCGUGCUUAUCUCCAUAUUUGUCUGUCCUGUCUGGGCCGGCCAAGAUCUUCAUUCUCUCCUUGCAUCUAACGUUGAAAAACUCUCCUUUUUCUUGUUAGAUUUUGGGGACAAGUAUUGUGAAACGGUAGAAGAUGGUGACAUCAAAGAGGUUGACAAACGAAAAAAUGAUUUUGGCAACUAUAAAAGUGUUCUCAACUCAAAAAGCUAUGAGGAAUCUUUGGCUAAUUUUGCGAAAUGGGAACCUGGUCACGGUCAAUUCAGAUUCCGGCAUCCUUGGAAACAAUAUCUAGCAACCGGUGGUAUAAUCCGACAAUGUGCUUACCGAAUUGAUGCCCUUAAUUCAUAUCUUAAUGGAGAUUUUAAGGUGUCAAGUGAUAUAAAAAAGAAAUUAGAAGAACCGUUGAGAAGAAUGAGUUCGGAGUCAGGCAAAGCGAUGAAAGAAAUGUCCAUUUCGUUCAAGAAAAUGACCAAACCAUCUUCUUCUGAUCUUCAUGUCCAAAACGCACAAUCUGCCUGCAAGUCCCUCUCCAGCUUACUUAAUUCAGGCAUCUUGAAAGAAGUUGAACCACUAGAAUUAAUCUCACUUCUUACGGCAAUCUCCUUGCUCAUCGAUAUUAUUAAUCUAACCGAAAAAAUCUUGGAAUCUCUACAUGAACUAGCAUCAGCUGCAAGGUUUAAGAAUAAAAUUGAGCCGCCUGUUUUGGCCGCGAAACCAAAAGCAAAAAGCAUUUGUGGCCGGCCUACCAAAUGUCAUGGUGAUCAUGUGGUCACAAUAGGUAACGAUGGUUAUUGUGAUGAUACAUCGAAAAAUGAUAAUCGCUCGCUCGAGGUUUUGAUCCAUGAGAAACAAGAAGAAGGGGAUACACAUCUGCAUUCGAGCUGUGAUUCUUGUUGUCACAAUAGUCUUCGUGUUGUUGUAGAAUGUAGAUGA